AUGCGGGUGCACCUGGGCAUGCUGGCGGGCGCGGCGGCGCUGACCGGGGCGCUCAGCUUUGUGCUCCUGGCGGCCGCCAUCGCCACGGACUUCUGGUACAUCAUUGACACUGAGCGGCUGGAGCGGGGCGGCCCGGGGGCGCGGGGCCGGGCGGGGGCCGCCCUCAGUGAGCUCGAACCUCUGAGCUCGCACUCUGGCCUCUGGCGCACCUGCCGGGUCCAGAGCCCGUGCGUGCCGCUGAUGAACCCCUUCUGGCAGGAGAACGUGACCGUCAGCGACUCAAGCCGACAACUUCUCACCAUGCAUGGGACAUUUGUGAUUCUGCUGCCACUCAGCCUGAUCCUGAUGGUGUUUGGGGGGAUGAUGGGGUUUCUGAGCUUCCUCCUCCGAGUCUCCAUCCUCCUCCUGCUCACAGGGACCCUCUUCCUCUUUGGAGCCUUGCUGACCCUGGCUGGAAUCAGUGUCUACAUCGCGUACUCGGCGGCCGCCUUCCGGGAGGCGCGGUGUCUCCUGGAGGAGAAGGCCCUCCUGGACCAGGUGGACAUCCGCUUCGGCUGGUCCCUGGCCCUGGGCUGGAUGAGCUUCAUCGCUGAGCUGCUCACCGGGGUGGCCUUUAUGGGGGCGGCCCGCGUGCUCAGCCUGAGACAGAAGCAGGACCGGGCCAUAUGA